CACCAUUAUCAUAACACUUUGCUUGCAGAGAUCGCACCCUCACCAACUCCGAAAUCUGAGCCUUCCAACUCGUUCCGGAACUCGGGAAGUCGGAAAAUGACGGGCCACGAUAAAACUCUCCGAGUUUUCUGUGUCGGAACGGCCGAUACGAAGCUCGAGGAGCUCCGAUUCCUGUCCGAGUCCGUCCGAUCCAAUCUCAAUAGCUUCUCCAAGAAUUCGUCGCUGGAGGUAGAAGUGGCGGUUGUAGAUGUUUCUUGUGGUCAUAAGGAGAUUCAGAGUUUGGGGGAUUUUAUGUUUGUCUCAAGAAAUGAUGUUCUCUCUUGCUAUUUUGAAGCCCCGAAAGUGCUUCCAAAUGACAGAGGCGAAGCUAUUGCUGUAAUGAGUAAAGCACUUGAACAUUUCUUUAAGAAAGCUCAUGAGGAUCAUCUUUUGGCUGGCGCCAUUGGUAUUGGAGGAAGUGGAGGGACAUCUCUUAUAUCGUCUGCCUUAAGACUUAUUCCAGUUGGGACCCCGAAGGUCGUUGUGUCAACAGUAGCUAGUGGUCAAACUGAACCUUAUGUUGGGACAUCGGAUUUGCUAUUGUUUCCGUCUAUUGUGGAUAUCUGUGGGAUCAAUAGUUUAAGUAGGGUUGUGUUAUCAAAUGCUGGAGCUGCUUUUGCUGGGAUGGUGAUUGGAAGGCUUGAGAGGUCCAGAGAUUUUUCUAGUGUCAAUGAAAAAGCUACACUUGGUAUAACUAUGUUUGGGGUUACAACUCCAUGUGUAAAUGCUGUCAAAGAGAGAUUGCAUAAAGAAGGUUAUGAGACUUUAGUUUUUCAUGCCACUGGGGUAGGAGGUAGGGCUAUGGAGUCUCUGGUUAGGGAGGGAUUUAUACAGGGUGUUCUGGACGUCACAACAACAGAGGUUGCAGAUUAUGUGGUUGGAGGUGUAAUGGCUUGUGACAGUUCCCGCUUUGAUGCCAUAAUAGAGAAGAGGAUUCCUUUUGUCCUGAGUGUGGGAGCCUUGGACAUGGUUAACUUCGGAGUUAAAGAUACCAUGCCUUCUAGUUUUCGGGAGAGAAAGAUAUAUGAACAUAAUAAACAGGUCACACUCAUGCGAACCACCUCAGAUGAGAACAAAAAAUUUGCUGACUUUAUAGCAAAUAAACUAAACAAGUCCUCAUCAAAGGUCCACAUUUGCCUGCCACAAAAGGGCAUCUCUGCUUUGGAUGCACCAGGGAAGCCCUUUUAUGAUCUUGAGGCCACUGCUACUCUUAUAAAUGAACUAAAGAGACGUAUUCAGACAAAUGAAGAUAGGAAGGUGAAGGUGUAUCCUUGUCAUAUUAAUGACUAUGACUUUGCAAAUGCAUUGGUUGACUCAUUCUUAGAGAUUAGUGCGAAAAAUUCUAAAGAUUCCAGUUCUCCGCAAGUUACUAGUCCUGGAACCAAUCAAGAUCUUCAUGAGGAUACUGCUUCUAAGAUCAAUUCAUCAAGGUUUGGGGCCGCUCUCUAUAGCCCAAGUGACUUCCCAGAUGCAAAUCCAGAAACUUUACAAAGAACUCGGGCAAUUUUGCAGCAAUUGAAAGAUCAAAUAAAUAAAGGAAUUCCAAUUAUAGGAGCUGGUGCAGGAACAGGCAUAUCUGCGAAGUUUGAGGAAGCUGGUGGUGUUGAUCUGAUAGUGUUGUACAAUUCAGGCCGUUUUCGCAUGGCUGGAAGGGGUUCCUUAUCUGGCUUAUUGCCUUUUGCUGAUGCAAAUGCUAUUGUACUUGAUAUGGCCAAUGAAGUGUUGCCAGUGGUGAAGAAGGUACCAGUACUUGCUGGAGUAUGUGCUACCGAUCCUUUUCGCCGAAUGGAUUAUUUCCUCAAGGAGGUGGAGUCAAUUGGAUUCUCUGGGGUGCAAAAUUUUCCAACUGUUGGGCUCUUCGAUGGUAAUUUUAGACAAAAUCUUGAAGAAACAGGAAUGGGAUACAGCUUAGAAGUAGAGAUGAUUGAAAAAGCUCAUAAACUGGGUCUCUUGACAACCCCAUAUGCUUUCAACCAAGAUGAAGCUGUGGAGAUGGCAAAAGCUGGGGCUGAUAUCGUAGUGGCCCAUAUGGGACUCACUACAUCUGGCUCUAUAGGCGCAAAAACAUAUGUAACAAUGGAGGAAAGUGUAGUUCGCGUUCAGGCUAUAGCUGAUGCUGCACAUAGAACCAAUCCCAAUGUUAUUGUACUCUGUCAUGGAGGUCCUAUAUCUGGUCCUAGUGAGGCCGAAUUCAUACUGAAGAGAACUAAAGGUGUCCAUGGAUUUUAUGGUGCAUCAAGCAUGGAGAGACUACCAGUUGAACAAGCUAUAACGACCACAGUCCAAUUAUACAAAUCAAUUUCUAUCGAGUAAAGCUCGAUGUAUCUGUUCUUUGUCAUGCCCUAUGUUUGAUGUAUGCUUGUAUCACCUUAUAUCUAUUGUAUUUUCUUA